GUAGCCUCGGGCGCCACCCAUUACUAGCACGUAUGCGGACUAGACCGAGCUUAGGGGAUGCAUCCUGAAAGACAUCAAGACAUCAAGCGAAGUAUGGUGGCCUUUGCAUCACCAAUUAGGCACCUCAGAACCAAAACGACUAUUCAAUCACUUUAUUAUUCCUGCUCCUUUUUUGAAGCAAAACUUGUGAUCUCUUGAGCUGGGAAGUUUUAGAAGUUUGGCCCAUUUUGGGCCUUGAACAGUAUCAGAAUGAGUUCAUUGAAGCAAUUCAUUCGCAAUGUGCGAGCUUCGAAAACAAUCGCAGAUGAGCGCGCAGUCGUACAAAAGGAGAGUGCUGCGAUAAGAGCAAGUUUUCGUGAAGAGAGUGGUGAUCAUAAUGUCAGACGAAACAAUGUAGCGAAGCUAUUAUACUUAUUCACGUUGGGUGAGAGAACACAUUUUGGCCAAAUAGAAUGUCUCAAACUUCUUGCAUCUCCAAGAUUUGCGGACAAGAGAUUGGGUUAUUUGGGAACAAUGCUUCUACUGGACGAAAAUCAGGAGGUACUGACAUUGGUUACAAACUCUUUGAAGAAUGACCUCAAUCACUCUAAUCAAUAUAUCGUUGGAUUGGCUCUAUGUACCCUGGGAAAUAUUGCAUCGGUCGAAAUGUCUCGAGACUUGUUUCCUGAAAUCGAGACCCUUCUUUCUACCGCCAACCCCUAUAUUCGUCGCAAGGCUGCAUUAUGUGCCAUGAGAAUAUGCAAAAAAGUACCAGAUUUACAAGAACAUUUCCUCGAAAAGGCCGCAAACCUACUGUCGGAUCGAAAUCAUGGUGUUUUGUUGUGCGGUCUUACAUUAGUAACAAAUCUCUGCGAAAUGGACGAGGCAGAAGGAGGAGAGGAGGGAAUCGUGGAGAAAUUCAGACCAUUUAGCGGCGGCUUAGUUCGAACGCUGAAGGGAUUGGCUAGUUCCGGUUAUGCCCCUGAGCAUGAUGUCACUGGCGUUACGGAUCCAUUCUUACAAGUUAAGAUAUUACAAUUGUUGAGAGUUCUUGGCCGUGGAGAUCCAGAAACAAGUGAACAAAUCAACGACAUUUUGGCCCAAGUUGCUACAAAUACAGAUUCUUCAAAGAACGUUGGAAAUUCUAUUUUAUACGAGGCCGUCCUUACUAUCCUCGAUAUCGAAGCUGAUUCUGGUUUGAGAGUACUUGGUGUCAAUAUCCUUGGAAAGUUCCUCUCAAAUCGAGACAACAAUAUUCGAUAUGUGGCAUUGAACACACUCAUUAAAGUGGUCGCAAUUGAGCCAAACGCAGUUCAGCGACAUAGAAAUACCAUACUUGAAUGUCUUCGAGAUCCUGAUAUCAGUAUUAGGCGGCGUGCAUUAGAUUUAAGUUUCACUCUCAUCAAUGAAAGCAAUGUCAGGGUACUUAUUAGGGAACUCCUUGCUUUCUUGGAAGUUGCCGAUAAUGAGUUCAAGCCAAUCAUGACCAGCCAAAUUGGUAUCGCAGCAGACAGAUUCUCGCCAAACAAAAGAUGGCAUGUGGAUACUAUGCUAAGAGUCUUGACUUUAGCAGGAAAUUACGUCAAAGAGCAAAUUCUAUCUUCAUUCAUUCGGCUUAUUGCCACCACUCCUGAAUUACAAACUUAUGCGGUGCAGAAGCUCUAUACUAGCUUGAAAAAGGACAUUACUCAAGAAGGUCUUACUUUGGCCGGUGCCUGGUGUAUUGGAGAAUACGGAGAAACUUUACUUCGUGGUGGACAAUACGAGGAAGAGGAACUUGUCCAAGAAGUUAAAGAGAAUGAAGUUGUUGAUUUGUUUUCAACCAUUCUUAACAGCAGUUAUGCCACUCAAAUUGCAACCGAAUACAUUGUCACAUCCUUGAUGAAGCUCAGUACACGUCUAUCAGACCCUGCACAAAUUGAUCGGAUUCGACGAAUCUUGUCCAACAAUUCCACGAACCUCGACAUUGAGGUUCAACAGCGAGCGGUAGAGUAUGGCAACUUAUUCAGCUAUGACUCCAUCAGAAAAGGUGUAUUGGAAAAAAUGCCACCACCACAGAUUAAGGAAGAAUCCCGAGUUCUGGGAGAGGCAAGCAAGAAACCAAGUAAAGCAUCUAACAGGAAGUCAAAAAUUGUCAAACCAGCGGAACAGGAUCUGUUGUUUGACCUAAUGGGAGACGGAGGAAUGCCUGAUGCAAGUGUUGGAGGUGCUAAUAGCGGUUCUCAAAAUAAUGCAGACCUUCUAGCAGACAUACUUGGAGGCACCGAUUCAUCUCAACCUACAUCACCUCCAGCUCAACAGUCAAAUAUGAGUUCAAUUAUGGACCUAUUUGGUAGCACUCCAUCUCAACAACCCCCAUCUGCUACGGCAACUCCUUCAAACGAUAUUUUCUCUAGUGUAUCUUCGCCUCCACCUCAAGCUCCUUCAAUCCCAACCCAUCCAUGUUACGACAAAAAUGAUCUUAACAUUACAUUGCAACUCCAACGAAAUGCAGAAGGUUUAGUGCAAGUCUUGGCUCGUUUUAAGAACUCCUCCAUGCAUCAAUCUUUCUCUGCAGUGGCAUUACAAGCUGCAGUACCUAAAACGCAAAAACUCCAAUUACAAGCUAUGUCAAGCUCUGAUCUGGGACCCGGGGCAGAAGCAACACAAUCAAUGAGGAUUACAGGAAGCAAAGGGCCACCAUUACGACUGAGGUUAAAGAUUUCUUAUGCGCACCCAACUGCGGGACAAGUUACGGAUCAGGUAGAUUGGUCGGAGCCAAGGUAGUGAGGCUCUAAGUAACCGAACUGCAUUUAGAAAAUCUAUGAAUUGUUAUUAUUACUCGGCGUACCGCAUGAAGUAAUUGGUCGGUGGCGCUACUUAUGUUCGCCCAGGUAUCAGCCUGCCCUGGAAGCUCGUAACGUGGGCGGCAAAGAAUACAAUGGAGACUAUUUAUUAAAACCAAUGAACUUUGAACCAACUUGUUUCGAUGUACGUUUUCUGAUUUAGGGCCCGGUUGAUGGCGUAUUCUCGCUUUAACAGCCUGGAAAGCUCAAUGGACAUUCACACCAACAUUUUACUUUUUCGAAUUGUGAAACACACUUUUGUUGUAAGAUCUCACCUAAUCUUGACAUACUGAAAAACAGCCGAUCAAGUAUGAGUAUGCAUUUUUCAAUGUCGAGCCUCCCAGGUGACUAGGUACCUAGUGUAUCUCGGUGGAACUCGCCCCUUAGUGCUAAUAGCCGGCUCUCGUUGGUGGCCGAUUAGUUCUUGGUCUGGGAAAAGCACAUGACACUACAAUAUGAAUAUGCCACUCG